GGAGGAGAAGGAGAAAGGGGGUUGGGGGACCAGUGGGAGCCGCGGUCCGGAGUGCCAGGGACCGAGCGGGGCCAGCCGGACCCCCGGCGGGGCGGCCGGGACAGACCCCUGAGACCUGUCCCCUGCUGUUGCCUGAGGCCGGAGGGAAUGCUGGCUGCUCUCUGGGUGGGCAUCAGUGCUCCUGAGCCAAGCCAAGAAGAUUGGCGUGCCCAGUCCCAGCCCAUCCCAGGGCUGUCGGAAGCUGCAAGCUGAUAACCAUCCAGAUUUCCACGCAGCCUCCACCCCCUCAGAGAUUGGCUUUCCUGCUCGUGGUGGCAGCUCCUUAAGGGAGAAUCCAUCAGUGCCUGACAGAGUGCCUACUGCCCGGGACACCAGACGUGCUUCCCCAGGACCAGGAGCCCUCUAAGGGGCUGGGGCAUGGCACCCUGACGCCUUUGCUUGGACCAGUUUCCUGCCUCUGCCUUGGACUCCUGAGCACAGAGCCUGGCCUAGGGGCCAGGAUGGGUCGUGAACAAGACCUGAUCCUUGCCGUCAAGAAUGGAGAUGUGACUGGUGUGCAGAAACUGGUGGCUAAGGUCAAGGCAGCAAAGACAAAGCUCCUCGGCUCCACAAAGAGGCUCAACGUCAACUACCAGGAUGCUGACGGAUUCUCUGCUCUCCACCAUGCUGCCUUGGGGGGCAGCCUGGAGCUUAUAGCCUUGCUGCUGGAGGCUCAGGCCACUGUUGACAUCAAGGACAGCAAUGGCAUGCGUCCACUGCACUACGCAGCCUGGCAGGGCCGGCUGGAGCCUGUGAGGCUGCUGCUGCGGGCAUCUGCGGCUGUCAACGCCGCCUCGCUGGAUGGGCAGAUCCCUCUGCACCUAGCUGCACAAUACGGACACUAUGAGGUGUCAGAAAUGCUCCUCCAGCAUCAGUCCAACCCGUGCCUGGUCAACAAGGCCAAGAAGACGCCCCUGGAUCUUGCCUGUGAGUUUGGGCGGCUCAAGGUGACCCAGCUGCUACUGAACAGCCACUUAUGUGUGGCGCUACUGGAGGGUGAGGCCAAGGAUCCAUGUGACCCCAACUACACCACACCCCUGCACUUGGCUGCCAAGAAUGGCCACAGAGAAGUUAUCAGGCAGCUCUUGAGAGCUGGGAUUGAGAUCAACCGCCAGACCAAGACAGGCACAGCGCUCCAUGAGGCCGCGCUGUAUGGCAAGACCGAGGUGGUGCGGCUCCUUCUGGAGGGGGGCGUGGAUGUGAACAUCCGGAACACGUACAACCAGACGGCACUGGACAUUGUCAAUCAGUUCACCACCUCCCAGGCCAGCCGGGAAAUCAAGCAGCUACUGCGGGAGGCCUCGGGGAUCCUGAAGGUCCGAGCGCUCAAAGAUUUCUGGAACCUCCACGAUCCUACUGCUCUCAAUGUCCGGGCAGGGGAUGUCAUCACGGUACUCGAGCAGCAUCCCGAUGGUCGCUGGAAGGGCCACAUCCAUGAGAGCCAAAGGGGCACAGACCGUGUGGGGUACUUCCCCCCGGGUAUUGUAGAGGUGGUCAGCAAGCGUGUGGGCAUCCCCCUGCCUCGCCUCCCCUCUGUACCCACCCCCCUGCGCCCAGGCUUCUCCCGGACACCACAGCCUCCUGCUGAUGAUCCCCUGCACCCUCUUACGUAUGGCCAGCUUCCUCGGGUGGGCCUCAGCCCAGACAGUCCAGCAGGUGACAGGAAUAGUGUGGGCAGCGAGGGCAGUGUGGGCAGCAUCCGCAGCGCCGGAAGCGGGCAGAGUUCUGAGGGCACCAAUGGCCACAGCACUAGCCUCCUUAUUGAGAAUGCCCAGCCCCUGCCCUCUGCUGGAGAGGACCAAGUGCUUCCGGGACUGCACCCCCCGUCCCUGGCAGACAACCUAAGCCACCACCCUCUGGCCAACUACCGUUCUGGGGAGCAGAUCUUCACCCAAGAUGUGAGGCCAGAACAGCUGCUGGAGGGGAAGGAUGCACAGGCCAUUCAUAACUGGCUGAGUGAAUUCCAGCUUGAAGGCUACACUGCACACUUUCUGCAGGCUGGCUAUGACGUGCCAACCAUCAGUCGCAUGACACCUGAGGACCUGACGGCCAUCGGGGUGACCAAGCCUGGGCAUAGGAAGAAGAUCGCCUCAGAGAUCGCCCAGCUCAGUAUCACUGAGUGGCUGCCUAACUACAUCCCUACGGACUUGCUUGAGUGGCUGUGUGCGCUGGGGCUGCCGCAGUACCACAAGCAGCUGGUGAGCAGUGGCUACGACUCCAUGGGGCUGGUGGCUGACCUUACCUGGGAGGAGCUGCAGGAGAUCGGCGUCAACAAGCUCGGGCAUCAGAAGAAGCUUAUGCUGGGAGUGAAGCGGCUGACAGAGCUUCGGCGAGGCCUGCUGCAGGGAGAGGCCCUAGGUGAAGGCGGACACCAGCUGGCCAGGGGUCCGGAGCUGAUGGCCAUCGAGGGGCUGGAGAAUGGGGAGGGUCCGGCUGUGGCCGGCCCACGUCUCCUCACCUUUCAAGGCAGUGAGCUGAGCCCAGAGCUUCAGGCAGCCAUGGCAGGGGGUGGCCCUGAGCCACUGCCCUUACCCCCCGCCCGCUCCCCUAGCCAGGAGAGCAUUGGAGCACGCUCUCGGGGGUCCGGUCACUCCCAGGAACAGCCUGCCCCCCAGCCCAGUGGUGGAGACCCCAGCAUCCCACAGGAGAGGAACCUUCCAGAGGGCACUGAGCGGCCCCCUAAGCUUUGUUCCCCACUUCCUAGCCAAGGACCCCCCUCUUAUGUUUUUAUGUACCCCCAGGCCUCACCCUCCAGCCCGGCCCCGGGGCCACCUCCUGGUGCACCCCGAGCCUUCUCCUACUUGGCCGGCCCCCCUACCACUCCUCCAGACCCUCCUCGGCCCAAGCGCCGCUCCCACAGCCUGAGCCGCCCCGGCCCAGCAGAGGGAGAUGCUGAAGGGGAGGCCGACGGGCCAGUGGGCAGUGCCUUGGGCAGCUACGCCACCCUGACUCGGCGACCAGGACGCAGUGCCCUCGCCCGCACCAGUCCUAGCCUGACCCCAACUCGAGGGGCUCCCCGCAGCCAGUCCUUCGCCCUUCGGGCCCGACGCAAAGGUCCCCCACCCCCACCCCCCAAGCGCCUCAGCUCAGUCUCUGGACCCACUCCAGAGCCGCCAUCACUCGAUGGAAGUCCAAGGCCCAAGGAGGGGGCCGCAGGGCCCCGAAGGCGAACACUGAGUGAACCAACGGGCCCCUCAGAGCCCUCUGGCCCGCCUAUCCCAGCUGGCCCUGCGUCGGACACAGAGGAGGAGGAGCCAGUCCCUGAGGGGACACCCCCAUCUCGGGGCAGCUCAGGAGAAGGGUUGCCAUUUGCCGAGGAGGGGAACCUGACAAUCAAACAGCGGCCAAAGCCAGCUGGCCCCCCACCCCGAGAGACGCCUGCGUCCCCUGGCCUCGAUUUCAACCUCACAGAGUCAGACACUGUUAAGCGGAGGCCCAAAUGUCGGGAGAGAGAGCCGCUGCAGACGGCACUGCAGGCCUUUGGAGUGGCCAGCACCGCACCUGGCCCCUCUGCCCCGCUGCCCUCCCAGACCCCCAGCGAGUCCCUCUCCUCGGCUUCUCCCAGCCCUCCCCAACCCGAGCUUAGCAGCCUUCCAACUCAAGGAGCUCCAGCCCCUCUUCCUCCCAGCCCCAUAAUGCGGGCUCCCAUACCCCCCUGUCCUGGGCCAGGUCUGGAAAACUCAGCAGGCAGUCGGCGGAAUGGAGAGACAGAGCCCCCAGCUGCCCCUGCUGCCCUCAUCAAGGUGCCUGGAGCAGGUACAGCCCCUAAGCCUGUGUCUGUGGCCUGUACCCAGCUGGCAUUUUCUGGUCCUAAGCUGGCUCCCAGGCUUGGCCCCCGCCCGGUGCCCCCUCCAAGACCUGAGAGCACUGGGGCUGCAGGCUCAGGUCAGGCCCAGCAGAGACUGGAGCAGACCAGCUCGUCCCUGGCAGCUGCACUGAGGGCUGCAGAGAAGAGCAUUGGCGCUGAGGAGCGAGAGGGCACCCCCAGCACCUCCACCAAGCACAUUCUGGAUGACAUCAGCACCAUGUUCGAUGCUCUGGCUGACCAGCUGGAUGCCAUGCUGGACUGAGCUGGCCCUCCAGCCACGCCCACCGUGACCUGCAGCGCCCACUGCCUCUGCCCUAAUAUGGAAGAAGCCCCUCCCUGCCAGGGACAGGCACUCCAGCAGGGCCCCUUCCUGCUGCUUUGAGCUAGCAGCUGUCUGCACAGCAGCUCUAGUGGGGCAGCCCCCGCAGUGGGGCCAAGGGGACUUGUCAAAACCUGACUAGUGAGGGGCCUCUGUGGCAUCUCAGCAAAGCCCCCUCCUGGUAUGUAACAUGACAGCCCUGCCCCCUGGCCAGGAACCCUGGUAAGAAAGAGCUUUUUCCUCAGGAAGGAAGAGGAGAUGGCAGGGCUUCUGAGGUGUUCUCUGCACCCCCACAACCCGUGUCUCAAGUCUCUGUGACCAAGGAAUGCCUCAUGCCCCCCUCUGUGCUGUCCUGGUGCUCUGAGAGGCUGGAGGAGGCAGUGUGUCUGGUUGGGUCCCCUCCCUACAGGUGUACAUAGAACGUGUAAAUACGCAGCAGGGGCGUGUCCUUGGUGGCAAUGGCUGUAACCACACCACCUCCUGUCCCUGCCUUCCCUCACUGUGAGGCAAAGCUGGGAUUAACAAAUCCCUUCAACAGAUCCCAGAAAUCCAAACUUUUUCAACUGUAAAUGUUGUUUUUUAAGCAGAGAGAAAUGCAUAUAUUUUAAAUGGAAUUUAUUCUAUCUAUUAACUGCCCGAGAGGAUGCAGUGGGGGAGGGGCUCCGGACCUCAGCAGGAGCGCCCACUGCCCACCUUGGGGCUGGAAGCCUGACCUGGUCAGCUUGGGCCCCAGCUCUGUAACUAUUAACCUCCUCCCACAACUAACACCAAUGAAAGUGUCAUUCCAUGUGA